CUUUCAGUGAAAGAAGAGGGCUGAGCAUCAAGCCUUAAAGGUUAGAGGUGAGAGAGAGUCUGGGUGAGAACGUGGAAAAUCAGAAAGCUAGCUUGCCAAAGCUUGGGCUCCCUAACAAACAUUUAAAACAGCAAGAACCAAAUAUCAAAUGGGAGGCUGGACAGCUGCCUUAGCUGUGUUCCCAGUCUAGAGUGAAGACCAAAAGGCUCGCCUGCAGUAAAAAGUUGAAGGGGAGAAAAAGAGAGAAAGAAAAGAGCUGGCACUUGGGAGUAGAACAAAAAGCUGAUCUGGAAAGGAGCUGUGAUGGAAAACCUGCCUGUCUACCACGGACCCAUUGGCAAAGAAGAGGGCGAGAGGCGGCUGGCCCAGGACGGGCGGGAUGGGUGCUACCUGGUCCGUAACAGUGACUCUGUGCCUGGCGUCUACUGCCUGUGUGUGCUGAACCACGGAUACGUCUACACAUACAGACUUCACAGGGAUGACGCAGGAUCAUGGGCUGCAGAAACCACUCCUGGUGUGCAGAAACGAUAUUUCCGGCAAAUCAAGAACUUGAUAGCAGCUUUCCAGAAGCCUGGACAAGGAAUUGCCAUGCCUCUGCUCUACCCUGUCACCGCUCAGAGACGGGCACAAACACACACAGAGGCACAGACACCCAGUAAUAGCCUGUCACCGACACACAGCAGCCCAAACACUUACCUCCAGCAGCGGCCACCACAUGCUGCUCAGGGACAGAAAAACAGGAACAAGAAGGAGGUGCGGCAAGCUUUCGGUUAGGUGCAAACUCGAAGCUCAACAUUGACCUAAUUAUGAACAAAAAGACUUGCAUGAUCUCUACUGUUGCGUGCUGUGUUUGAAGUAAAUGUCAUUUCUUUCCUAUUACUAGCUCCUUAUUGUUAAAUCCAAGUCAUUUAGGUUCUCAGUGACUCAGAUCUCAGUAGCCUUCUAGUGUCUUUUUUUUCUGCACAUGCGGCACAGAAAGUGUCUCAUAUCUUUCAGGGAUGUGAUGUAAAAUAUUGAACUGCUGGAACAUUAAUAUCCAUUACUGCAUACAUAAGUUGACAACAAAUAUUGUGCUCUGUUUUUCUUAAUACAAUUCAGUUAUGUGAAUGGCAAAUAAAAUAAAUGACAUUGGUUGAAA